CCCCGGGCCCGGCGCCGCCGUUUCCCGCCGCUCCGCUCCCGCCAUGGCGCGGUUCGAGCCGGCGGCGCUGCCGGAGCUGCUCCCGGUWUUCUACCGGCGGCUCUUCCCGCACGGUCCCUACGGCCGCUGGCUCARCUACGGCGGCGUGGUGAAGAACUACUUCCAGCUGCGGGAAUUCUCCUUCACCCUGCGGGACGAUGUGUACCUGCGGUUCCAGUCCUUCGGCAGCCCCCAGGAGCUGGAGCGGGAGCUGCAGAAGAUCAACCCUUACAAAAUCGACAUCGGGGCCGUCUAUUCCCACCGGCCCAACCAGCACAACACCGUGCAUUUGGGAGCUUUCCAACCGCAGGAAAAGGAGCUGGUGUUUGACAUCGACAUGACGGAUUACGACGAUGUCCGGACGUGCUGCAGYUCGGCUGAUAUUUGCUCCAAGUGCUGGACGCUGAUGACCAUCGCYGUGCGCGUCAUCGACAGAGCGCUCGUGGAGGACCUGGGCGUGCGGCAUCGCCUGUGGGUGUACUCGGGCCGGAGGGGCGUCCACUGCUGGGUGUGCGACGACGCCGUGAGGAAAUGGUCACCAGCGCUGCGGGCAGCGGCUGUGGAGUACCUGAGCCUGGUCAAGGGCGGAGCGGACACUGUGAAGAAGGUGAACCUCUCUCACCCCAUCCACCCUUUUAUCAGGCGCUCGGUUGACGUGGUGGAAAAAUAUUUUGAGGAGUACGCCCUGGUGGGACAGGACAUCCUGGGCAACCCCGAGAAAUGGGGGAAAGUGCUGGCCCUGAUCCCGGAGGAGCACCGCGAGCCUCUGCAGGCCGAGUUCCCCAAAAAGAAGGACUCGGUUCAGCGCUGGGAGCUGCUGCGGGGUCGAGCYGAGCGGGCGCGGGCGUCGGGGCGGCCGUUCUUCGCCGAUUGGGAGGUGAUGCUGCAAUUCUGCUUCCCUCGGCUGGACAUCAACGUCAGCAAAGGUUUGGGGCAUCUCCUAAAGAGUCCCUUCAGCGUUCACCCCAAAACAGGUGGGUUUGGGGUGGUGGGG